AUGCUUAGUGAAGUGGAUUUGACACAGGUCAUUUUGGUUGAAAAUAAAAUAUGUAACCAAUUGCUCUUAAAAGACAUGCUUUUCACACAAAGUUUGAUUUUGGCACAGGGAUGUCCACAGUAUUGGCCUGAAGAAGGCAUGUUGCGGUAUGGUCCAAUCCAGGUGGAGUGCAUGUCCUGUUCAAUGGACUGUGAUGUAAUCAGCAGAAUCUUUAGGAUAUGUAAUCUGACACGGCCUCAAGAAGGAUAUCUCAUGGUGCAACAGUUUCAGUACUUGGGAUGGGCAGCUCACAGGGAAGUACCAAAUUCCAAAAGAUCUUUCCUGAAAUUAAUUCUGCAAGUUGAGAAAUGGCAAGAGGAGUGUGAUGAAGGAGAGGGACGCACUAUUAUUCACUGCCUGAAUGGUGGAGGAAGAAGUGGAGUGUUCUGUGCCAUUAGUAUUGUGUGUGAAAUGAUCAAGAGGCAAAAUGUGGUGGAUGUUUUCCAUGCAGUAAAAACCCUACGCAACAGCAAGCCAAAUAUGGUAGAGACUCCGGAACAAUACCGUUUCUGCUAUGAUGUUUCCUUGGAAUACCUUGAAUCGUCAUAG